CGGGCGGGACGGAGCCAUGGACGGGGAGCCGGACCUGCCCAACAGCACCCGGUUCUGGUACUCCUCGGCCUCGGCCUCGCCCUCGCACCACCUGGCCGCCGAGGCGCCCGCCAACGCCUCCCGCAACGGCACGCACGACCACUUCGACCUGACCAGCAACGCCGUGCUCACCCUCAUCUACUUCGCCGUGUGCAUCGUGGGGCUCUGCGGCAACACCCUGGUGAUCUACGUCAUCCUCCGCUACGCCAAGAUGAAGACCAUCACCAACAUCUACAUCCUCAACCUGGCCAUCGCCGACGAGCUCUUCAUGCUGGGGCUGCCGUUCCUGGCCAUGCAAGUGGCGCUGGUCCACUGGCCCUUCGGCAAAGCCAUCUGCCGGGUGGUCAUGACGGUGGACGGGAUCAACCAGUUCACCAGCAUCUUCUGCCUCACCGUCAUGAGCGUCGACCGGUACCUGGCCGUGGUCCACCCCAUCAAGUCCGCCAAGUGGAGGCGGCCGAGGACGGCCAAAAUGGUCAACGCGGCCGUGUGGGGGCUCUCGCUGUUGGUCAUCAUGCCCAUCAUGAUCUACGCCGGGGUGCAGAGCAACCACGGGCGCAGCAGCUGCACCAUCAUCUGGCCGGACGAGUCGGGCGCGUGGUACACGGGCUUCAUCAUCUACGCCUUCAUCCUGGGCUUCCUCGUGCCCCUCACCAUCAUCUGCCUCUGCUACUUAUUCAUCAUCAUCAAGGUCAAGUCCUCCGGCAUCCGAGUGGGCUCCUCCAAAAGGAAAAAGUCCGAGAAGAAGGUCACCCGGAUGGUCUCCAUCGUGGUCGCCGUCUUCAUCUUCUGCUGGCUCCCCUUCUACAUCUUCAACGUCUCCUCCGUCUCCGUCCUGAUCGUGCCCACGCCCGCCCUCAAGGGCAUGUUCGACUUCGUCGUGGUCCUCAGCUACGCCAACAGCUGCGCCAACCCCAUCCUCUACGCCUUCCUGUCCGACAACUUCAAGAAGAGCUUUCAGAACGUCCUCUGCCUGGUGAAGGUGACACAACACCCCCGCCUUGCUCCUUCCCUCUCGCUCUUGGCUUCCCCGAGGCCGACCCUCUUCAGCGGACUCCAGUUGAACCAGUGUCAGGAAGAUCAGGACCGAGCCCCCUGGCAUUAGCUAGACGUAAGGACAGUUGGGCCCCUGGUCUGAGCUUCCUGGGACCCUUCCCAAAAGGGACAAAGACUCUGACCCACCCCACAACUAUUCAAUCGCGCCCCAGCCCGGCUGCGCUGGAGAUGGAGGCUGUACGUACAGCACGGACCCACCGCGGGAUUUUGGCUACUCCUGCUCUCCCAACGACGCGUCGGCCUUUUGUACCCCCCGUGCUCACCAGCGUGCGAGACCCGCUGUGCAUGUUCGGUAUCGUGUGUGCGUGCGUGUGGCGGUCGGCCCCUGCCCUCGUGGGUCCCACAAGCCCGUGUUGCCCCACGACCGGGCCCUGCCAUCCUAGAAGGGGCGAAUGAACUCUGCACUCCUCCGGGGAUCGCAGGCUCCGCUCCUCCGUCAGCAGGUUACACGACGGCCAUGAAGACGGGCGGUGGAAUACCAGGUUUAGCCCCUAAAGCCGCGAUGACCCUCCUCGCCAGAGCAAAACUCCUAUUCCAUUGCCCCCCUCCACCCCGUGAUCUAUAAUUUAUGUUGUAUAUGCCGCGUGCGUGUUGCUUGUAACGUAAGACCGGUUGUAUCUCCCCCGACUGUAAAACGCAAGAGAUAAAGUCACUUUCUUUUAUUGGCUCAA